CGUGUGGGGCUCUAGACUCGGGCUUCCAGAUGCCACGAUUGAUCAACUGGACGACUUGGAAGUCAGCUUCUGACUUCGCCCAUUUUUUCGAUGUUGAUGAGGAUGUUUAUCACCGGACACUCGAACCGGUCGAGGACGAGAAUGAUUCAUGGUAUUUGCAGACCCUGAGAUGUCCCGACCCAUUUGCUGUACGAUUUCAACCUCAGGGGAGAUAUGCCGGCUUGACAGAGCCACUUAUACCGGAACCUCCUCCUCCUGUUAGGCCUCCCCCUGUGCCGAUGAGGAGCUCACUAGCAGAGAAGGCUCGUGAGAAGCAGCCUGUCCAUGUCGAGCGACAUAGACAGACUUAUGUUGAUCCGGCUGGCAGCCCGUCGAAGCGACGCAAGUCAGAGGAGUUUGAUAAUAGGGAGCCUCGGGCAGAUCGAGAUGAGGAUUAUUGGAGGCGACGUGAUGAUGACAUGAUUGCCCGUUUCACACAUAAGCAUAUCCGGACCGCGAUCCCUGAGAUGCGGCGCGAGCUUGUAGAUGACGACUCUGAGCAUGGACUGGUCGCCAAAAUUACGAAGAAGGUCAUAGCCGCUGUGAAGGACAUCUUUGGGAGACGCUCUUCUUCGAGGAGGCAUAGAUCAUCAUCCAGCCAUGACAGUCGUUAUAGACACGGGAGUGAGGAGUUCGACCAACCGAGACCCAGUCACAGACGGUCUACAUCUCACAUUCCUAGUCCUAGGCGAUCAUUUCGUGAGGAUCCGCAUCAUGUGAGCCAUAGGCACUCAGUUGGAGAGCCUGAUCGGCAGCAUCGGAGUCAUAGUCGAUCACAGCAUGGAGAGGAUCCGCCUCGUGGCAGUCAGAGACGAUCAGAGCAUGGAGAUGAUCCACCCCAUGCGAGUCAGCGACGAUUUGCCUCAUGCCACAGUGAGAGGGAGGCAUUUUUGAGGCGAUCAGCCUCACAUCAUGGUGAGAAGCAGACAUCUUUGAGGUGAUCUGCCUCAUGUCACAGUGAUCGCCCAGAGACACCGGCUGGGUAUCAUAGUCCAGAGACCCCUGCGCCUAAGUCGGGGGAUGUAGAUGAUGAUGUGAAUUUUACCUGGACUUCAUCAGAGGAGGAGGCGGAUGCUAGAGAGAGGCCUCACCGCUUGCUUAGGCCGUCUGCUGCAGUGCAGAGUCCGUAUGUCAUUGACCCGGCCUUGCCGUAUGGUAAGGGGGUGAUGAAAGCGAAGAAACAAGGCUUCAAGGAGUUUAUGACAGCGCCGCCAGGUACUUUUGUUACAGUGCUCGAGACGAGCUUUGUGAUGACCCAGGAGCUAUUCCACCGGAUUAUGGAUCCUCGCGAGGAGUUCGACGGGGAGAUCUUAGACCUCUGGAAUCUGAAGGCUCUUCGACGGCUUAGAAUCAAUCAGGAGUGGAUAGCUCGGGGGCAGACGAAACUCACUGCAGGUGUGACACGGGCUAGAACGCCGGUAGCUUUUCUGGAAUUUUAUGAGACCCUCGUCAGAGAGUUCGCUUCGUUGCAUCCGAAUUUGCCAGAUUGGAACGACAUACGGGAGCGACAUGCAUACGAGGAGUGGGUGGUGCCAGAAAAGCUGAUCUCCAUGUUUCCGUGCAAAAUAUCUUCCUUCGGCUUCAAAACGACGCCCUUGCCUACCAAUUUCCGUGCAAAAUAUCUUCCAACAACCCUCGCCGGAAUCUGUCUCGGGGCAAUGCGAUUCAAAUCCGUGUGGCAGGUAUGAUCCAUCACCACCUUGAUCACUCUCCAGAUCGAUGCACUCUAAACGGCUCGCAGCAUGAACGGACAAUCGUUGUCAUGCUUGCAAACAAACCACAAACGGGUCGUACUGGAACGAUCCACGGCGUACUCCACGUGAUUCUCCAUAUGAUACAGGCCAACAGUGAUCGCCAAAUUAUCCUUCGACCGAAAUAGAGCCCCCACUGAUAAUAUCCCGCUCUCCAAUACGUUAGAAUCCUCCCAACCUAAUGCCGACGCAUCGUCAAAAUCGAGGACUGAAACCCCCAGUCACGUGCCUCAAGCUGUUGAACUCCGCCACGAGGCUCGAUACCGCGCUGAUAAUCCGAUGUGAAAUUCUGAGGCCUUGUCUGUCUCCACGCUUCCUGUUCAGUCGACACUGAAUCCAAUAUCUCUCUGCGUAGUAUCGCCUCUUCUUCCUCAUCCGAAGACUCGGACUCGUCUUCCUCCUCCUGCGACGAUGAAUCGUCCCUACUUCUUCCAACGUCUGUCUCGAUAGGAAACACAGUAGAACGUUGCCCCUCAUAAUAUACCCGCUCCUGAUUCUGAGGACUUGGAGCCGCAGAUUGUUUGCCCUUCUCGAUCACGUAAACAACUGGAUAUUUCUCAUGCUCGGAAAUCAGCCGGUUCAAAUCUGAAUCGGCCUUCAAAGCUACUUUUAUUUUUCCCUUCGUCCGUGGUCGAUAUGUAGAAAAGCAUAUAAGUGGAUCGUCCAUCCUCGUUUAAUUGAUCGUGCACCUCUUGCAUCAACUUCGCAUGACAAAGCUCUUCCUUAGACACAUACACGACAACCUCAUCACCGCCUUCAUACUCGGUUAAUUUCCACUGACCACUGUGCCGUAUAACGAUUGCUUAAAACGACAUCUGCUUCAAAACGACAAAAAUACAACAUUUAAAUACACAAAUAGGAAAUCGUGUACCCUAAUACAUGAACUGAAUAUACAAACAUGCUAAAAAUAAAAUCAAAAUCAUAUUCAACCCAACCGUGUACAGCAAAAUCGACCUCCGUGUACAACCGUGUACGGGGAAACCCUAACCGUGUACGGCAAAACACUAAGGGUGCAAAAAUAAGGUAAUUUACGUAGAGAGUGUUUUUUGAGGCCGUUUUUUAGUCCAAAACAUGUAAUAAGUCAUAUAUAUAACAUAAUUAUCGAAAUAAACAACAAAAAAUCACUAAAAAUCAAACCGUGUACAACCGUGUACUCAAGAACAUUAACCGUGUACAGUCGAAAUUUUAAAAAAAAAUUAUUUGACAUACCUUAUGUAAUAUAAGCCUUUAGAUGAUUUUUUUUUGAAAUUAUGAGCAACCGUGUACGAGGCGUGUAUGUGUAUUGAGAGGAUUUUCUUCUUCUUUCUUGUUCAAAUGUCUGAUGAAUGAACAUUUGGUUGAUAUCCUUCAUUAACUACUCACCAACAACCGUGUACGGAGCAUUUAAUUUCGUGAAUUUAAGGUUGUUUCCUUAACAAGUUGUGUAUGACUUUGAGUUGGUAUAAAUGCACCCAACAACCAUAA